AUGGCGGACAACUUGGGUCGCCUCAUUCAUGCAAAGAUNUCGGCUCUGAGCGGUGCCUAUGGCUGCUUUGCUGUCACCAACUACUGGGAGUACCAUGAUAAAGAAAAAGAAAUUCAACAGGGCAAAAACAUUGCCGACGCAUGCGCAGACUGUGGUGUGAAGCACCUUGUUUACAGCGGCAUGGAGCCAUCAGAGAAACUGAAGGGUAUUCCCUUGGCAAACUUUGACGGGAAAGCGGCUGUUGAGGAAUAUAUAAAAGCAAAAGGAAUUCCCCAAACGGUUGUGCGGUAUGCUUUCUACGCCGAGAACCUUUUCGGUAUGAUGAAACCCCAAAAGACACAGGACGGACAUUUUGCUUUGGGGAUACCAAUGGGAGAUGUUCCAUUCUACAUGAUGGUGUGCACAGACGCAGGGGAGUGUAUCCAUCAACUGUUCAACAACCCCGGGGAGUGGACCGGGAAGUCUCUGGGGCUCGCCAGCUGGAUAUACACCAUAGACCAAUACUGCGACAUGUUCAGCAAGAUUCUGGGAGUCACUGUCGUUAAUCCCAAGAUGACAGCUGAACAGAUGGCUGGGUUUGGUUUUCCCGGUGCCGUUCUGUUGGCCGACAUGUUUCGGUUCUACCAAUGUGGAAUCGACAGGAAUCCAGAAGAAUGUAAGCGUCUAAACCAAAAGAUGGCGACCCUUGAGCAGUGGGUGACGGCGAACAAAGAAGCUCUUUUGAAAGCCUGGAAUGCGUAAU